AUGGCCACCAGGGGUGCUCUGUUACCAUCUCGACACCUGGCCUGGGCCACCCGCCCAGCACCUUCCGUGGUGUCCCGUCGCACCAUCACCUAUAGUCGCAGUCUCCGAGCCCAGGAUGAGGGCAACCCUAGUGGAAAUGACAAGCAAGAGUCGAAUUCGCGUCCAUCUGCUUUGUCUUCGAUCAAAAACUUCUUCUUCGGUGGAGGGAAGAAGGCCGAAAAACCAAAAGUCGCACGAACACCCGCUGCACCGCCGCAGCGAGAGGGUAGGCUGAGUUCGGACUCCAUCUUCGCAGAGGAUGAGGCAACGCCCAAGCUCUCCCCAUCGGGACGUACGCCUGCGCGUGUGCAGGCCGCCCUGGAAGCUGAGCAGCCGGCGGCCGAGAGACUCGAGGACCGGGACCGAAACCGCAUGAGCAUGGUGCUCGACCCGCGACCAAAAGCACGGAUCCGAUGGGAGCGCAAGAUGGUGAUCCGCGCGAUCCGGAAACGCGGGCGUCUUACGAAGAAGGAGGUGCUAAUGCGGACGGAGCGCGAGGCGCUGGUGAAAUCCCACUGGUUCAAGACGUCGGUCAAGAAGCUGGGUCCUCUGGCGCGCCAGAUCGCGGGCAAGAACAUCGACGAAGCCAUUCUGCAGAUGCAGUUUAGCAAGAAGAAGGUUGCCAAGGAUGUGAUGGAGCAUUUGAAGCACGCGAAGAACGUGGCGAUUGUCCGUCACGGCAUGGGUCUGGGCCAUGUGACAGGGGAGGCCAAGUCGCUCCCCAAGCCCAUCACCGUCACCCUCAAAUCGGGCGAGCGUAAGGAGAUUACGGACCCGACGUCCAUCUACAUUGCUCAGGCGUGGGUCAACCGUGGUCCAUACGAUGUCGACUACGACUACCGGGCGAGGGGACAGAUCAACAUCCUCCGUCCGCCGUACACCAGUUUGUCCGUCUUGCUGAAGGAGGAGAAGACGCGCAUUCGGGAAUGGCAGGAGCGCGAGGCCAAGGAACAGCAUAAGCGCAAGGCCCAGUUGUGGACACAGCUGCCGGACCGGAAGAUUUAUGGCCAAAACCAAUAUUACAGUUGUAACCAGGUGCAUAUGUGCACUAAGUAUGCACACUGGCUAUCAUCAGAUUCAAAUUCAAAUCCCCUAGCAAUACGAACUAAUCCCUACAGCAGUAUAUAA